UACGGGCCAUAUGAUGUUUUCACGCGAUACCUAGUCACUUUUCUUUUCAUUUUGAACUUGAACACGCAUACAGGAUUUAGACAAAAUUGAUAGCUUUAGAAGUUGGACCAGAUGAAUUCCAAUUUAAAAUCAAAUUUGUUCCUUAUACUGUUAGGAAUACAAAGUGCAUGCUGUUUUUUAUUAGAUACUGGUACAAUUGGCAAACAUAGAGACGGAUGGUCGGAUUGGAGCUGUCAACAACAAGGAGAGUUUUGCUUUAAAAGUCGGACAUGUAAUUCAACCGAUGAUUUCAAUUGCUCAAAAACAAGUGAAGUAACUGUUACAAACUGCCCUUGUGUUGCAGAUACUGGUAGAUUUAGCGAACAUAGAGACAGUUGGUCGGAUUGGAGUUGUCAGCAACAAGGAGAUCUUUGCUUUAAAAGUCGGACUUGCAAUUCAACCGAUGAUUUCACUUGCUCAAAAUCAAGUGAAGUAACUGUUACAAACUGCCCUUGUGUUGCAGAGUGGGCGCCUUGGGGCAGAUGGACCUGUCACACAGACCAAAAUGUAUGUUUAAAAUUACGCCAAAGAAAAUGUAUAAGCGGAUUUAAAGGAAACGAUUGCUUUAAUUUGCAAGGGAAGGACUAUGAACAGCUUUUUGUGACGAAUCUUGCAACGAUACUGAUACAAUUAGCGAACAAAAAGGCGGAUGGUCGGAUUGGAGUUGUAAGAAACAAGGAGAGUUUUGCUUUAAAAGUCGAACAUGUAAUUCAACCGCUGAUUUCGAUUGUACAAAAACAAGUGAAGUAACAGUAACAAACUGUCCUUGCGUUGCAGAUACUGAUACAAUAAGCGAACAAAAAGGCGGAUGGUCGGAUUGGAGCUGUAAGAAACUAGGAGAGUUUUGCUUUAAAAGUCGAACAUGUAAUUCAACCGCUGAUUUCGAUUGUACAAAAACAAGUGAAGUUACAGUAACAAACUGUCCUUGCGUUGCAGAGUGGUCGCUUUGGGGCGGAUGGACCUGUCACACAGACAAAGGUGUAUGUUUACAAAUGCGCAAAAGAACUUGUAUUAGCGGAUUUAAGGGAAAUGAUUGCCUGAAUCUGCAAGGGAAAUAUUAUGAACAGCUUUUUUGUGACGAGUCUUGCAACGAUACUGAUACAAUUAGCGAAAAUAGAGACGGGUGGUCGGAUUGGAGGUGUAUGGAACAAGGCGAUUUUUGCUUUAUAAGUCGGACAUGUACUUCAACCGCCGAUUUCAAUUGCUCAAAAACAAGUGAAGUAACUGUAACAAACUGCCCUUGUGCUGCAGAGUGGUCACCUUGGGGCGGAUGGACCUGUCACACUGACCAAAAUGUAUGUCUAAAAUUACGCAAAAGAACUUGUAUAAGCGGAUUUAAGGGAAAUGAUUGCUUGAAUCUGCAAGGGAAAAAUUAUGAACAGAUUCGUUGUGACGAGUCUUGCAAUGAUAACGCUUCAAUUAGCGGAUAUAGAGACGGAUGGUCGGAUUGGAGUUGUGAGAAACAAGGAGAUUUUUGCUUUAAAAGUCGGACUUGUAAUUCAACCGCUGAUUUUAAUUGCUCAAACACAAGUGAAGUAACUGUCAUAAACUGCCCUUGUAUUGCAGAGUGGUCGCCUUGGGGCGAAUGGACCUGUCACAUAGACCAUGGUCUAUGUUUACAAUUACGCCAAAGAACUUGUAUAAGCGGAUUUAAAGACAAUGAUUGCUUGACGCUCCAAGGGGAACACUUUGAAGAGACUUUAUGUGAUGGGCUUUGCAACGCUACGUUAACCACUGAGCCGUUAAGUACAAGUAAACCCCUUGGAGCUACGACGACUUCUGGUGUUCACUGGCUUGAAUGGUCGGACUGGGAAUGUAAAACUGCCCAUCGUAUAUGUUUGAUGUCUCGCACACGUAAUUGCUCCACACAUAUUGUUGAUGACUGUGAAAUUAAACUUGGUGGAGUAUACUUCAAUACAGAACUAUGCAGGGCAGAAAUAUGUACAGCAACACAACUUUCACCUCUGGAACAAAAAUCAACAACAUCUUCACCUUCAAACUACUACGCAACGACAACAACUAGUUCAUUUUCAAUGCCCUCGUCAGCAUUUGCAAGGUUUAUAUCGUCAACUGCGCCUAAUUAUGUGACAUCUCAGACAGCUUAAAAUUUAAAACCCAGCAUCAAGUUAUCCGUUAAGUCCA